AAAAGCGCAUCGUCCCUCACGCAGCCUGUUUUCUCCCUGCCUGUCCCUGCGAGUGGAAGGCAGCGCACUUCACUUUGCUCCGUCUGCUGCUCUGACUGGAAGCACCUGUCAAAAUGGUGAACUUCACAGUGGAUCAAAUUCGUGCCAUCAUGGACAAGAAGUCCAACAUCCGCAACAUGUCAGUAAUCGCGCAUGUGGACCAUGGCAAGUCCACCCUGACUGACUCGCUAGUGUCCAAAGCUGGUAUCAUCGCUUCAGCACGGGCUGGAGAGACCCGCUUCACAGACACUCGCAAAGAUGAGCAGGAGCGCUGCAUCACCAUCAAAUCCACGGCGAUCUCUAUGUACUAUGAGCUGAGUGAUAAUGACCUGGCCUUCAUUAAGCAGAGUAAAGAUGGCUCAGGAUUUCUCAUCAACCUGAUCGACUCACCUGGACAUGUGGACUUCUCCUCAGAGGUUACGGCUGCUCUGCGGGUCACUGACGGAGCACUUGUGGUGGUGGACUGUGUGUCCGGGGUGUGCGUGCAGACGGAGACGGUGCUCAGGCAGGCUAUAGCGGAGCGUAUUAAGCCCGUUCUCAUGAUGAAUAAGAUGGACCGGGCACUACUGGAGCUGCAGCUGGAGCCUGAGGAGCUCUAUCAGACCUUCCAGCGCAUCGUAGAGAAUGUCAAUGUCAUCAUCUCCACAUAUGGAGAGGAUGAAGGUGGACCCAUGGGAAACAUCAUGAUUGACCCAGUGGUGGGUACAGUAGGGUUUGGUUCUGGUCUGCAUGGCUGGGCCUUCUCUCUGAAGCAGUUUGCUGAGAUGUACGUGGCGAAGUUCGCUGCAAAAGGUGAAGCUCAGCUGGGGCCUGUAGAACGCUGCAAGAAAGUGGAUGACAUGAUGAAGAAACUGUGGGGGGACAGGUAUUUUGAUCCAGCUAUUGGAAAAUUCAGUAAGACUGCUACUGGUCCUGAUGGGAAGAAAUUACCACGCACUUUUGCCCAGCUCAUCCUCGACCCCAUUUUUAAAGUGUUUGAUGCCAUCAUGAACUUUAAGAAGGAGGAGACAGCUAAGCUGAUAGAGAAGCUAGACAUUAAGCUGGAUCAGGAAGACCGGGAUAAGGAGGGGAAGCCUUUGUUGAAAGCUGUGAUGCGCCGCUGGCUGCCUGCUGGAGAGGCUCUGCUCCAGAUGAUCACCAUCCACCUGCCCUCACCAGUCACUGCUCAGAGAUACCGCUGUGAGCUGCUAUACGAGGGGCCCGGUGACGACGAGGCUGCCAUGGGAAUUAAAAACUGUGACCCUAAAGCUCCUCUGAUGAUGUACAUCUCUAAGAUGGUGCCCACCUCUGAUAAAGGCCGAUUUUACGCGUUCGGCCGUGUCUUCUCUGGCUGUGUGUCCACUGGGCAGAGAGUACGAAUCAUGGGACCAAACUUCACUCCAGGAAAGAAAGAAGACCUCUAUAUCAAACCUAUCCAGAGGACCAUCCUGAUGAUGGGGCGUUAUGUAGAGCCCAUCGAGGACGUGCCAUGCGGGAACAUUGUAGGCCUGGUGGGUGUGGACCAGUUCCUGGUUAAAACAGGGACCAUCACUACAUAUGAACAGGCGCACAACAUGCGUGUGAUGAAGUUCAGUGUGAGCCCUGUGGUACGUGUGGCAGUGGAGGCCAAAAACCCAGCUGACCUGCCCAAACUGGUGGAGGGACUGAAGCGCCUGGCCAAGUCUGACCCCAUGGUGCAGUGCAUCAUUGAGGAGUCAGGAGAGCACAUUGUCGCCGGAGCUGGAGAACUGCACCUGGAGAUCUGUCUAAAGGACCUGGAGGAGGACCAUGCCUGCAUUCCACUAAAAAAAUCGGACCCGGUUGUGUCCUACAGAGAGACAGUGAGUGAGGAGUCAGAUCAGAUGUGUCUGUCCAAAUCUCCAAACAAGCACAACCGUCUGUACAUGAAGGCCCGGCCUUUCCCUGACGGCCUGGCCGAGGACAUAGAGAAGGGGGAGGUGACGGCCAGGCAGGAGCUGAAGGCCCGCGCCCGUUACCUAGCCGACAAGUACGAAUGGGAAGUUACAGAGGCUCGCAAAAUCUGGUGCUUUGGGCCAGACGGGACUGGACCCAGCAUCCUGGUGGAUGUAACCAAGGGUGUCCAGUACCUCAAUGAGAUCAAAGACAGUGUGGUGGCUGGCUUCCAGUGGGCCACCAAGGAGGGAGCACUGUGUGAGGAGAACAUGCGUGCUAUCCGCUUCGACAUUCAUGACGUGACGUUGCACGCCGAUGCCAUCCACCGUGGUGGGGGUCAGAUCAUUCCCACUGCCCGCAGGGUGCUGUAUGCCUGCCAGCUGACCGCUGAGCCCAGGCUCAUGGAGCCAAUCUACCUGGUGGAGAUCCAGUGCCCAGAGCAGGUGGUGGGGGGUAUCUAUGGUGUGCUGAACAGGAAGAGAGGUCAUGUGUUUGAGGAGUCUCAGGUCAUGGGGACGCCCAUGUUUGUCGUCAAAGCCUACAUGCCUGUCAACGAGUCCUUUGGCUUCACAGCUGACCUUCGCUCCAACACAGGUGGUCAGGCCUUUCCUCAGUGUGUGUUUGACCACUGGCAGGUUCUCCCAGGUGACCCCAAAGACCCCACUUCUAAGCCUUUCCAGAUUGUUGCUGAGACACGCAAACGCAAAGGCCUGAAAGAGGGAAUCCCCCAGCUCGACAACUUCCUGGACAAGUUAUAAAGGACAGCGAAUACACCUUACUUCUUUAAUCUCACCACCCCCUCUGUACCACCACCCACAACCACUCUUCCACCUCUCUCUCUCUUUAUUCCUCUUUUUCAUUCCUCCCUUGCACUGCACACUCCUCCCUUCCUCCCCUUCCACCUAAGUGUAGCAGUAAGGGCAGGCUGUAUAUAGCACUAAAGCACCAUGACACAUUUCCACAAUGGAAACAUGUACUGUGACAUAUUAAGAAGCUUAAAGUGGUUUAAAAAGCUUGUAAAUCUUCUUAAACUAUAAAUAAAAACAUUAUGAUCACUA